AUGGCCGUCAUAGACACGACCAAGGACCUGGCCGCCCUGUUCGUGCAGCAGGCGCAGGCAACCCCCGACGCCGUCGCCCUCGAGGACGAGAAGCGCACGCUGACGUACGCCGAGCUCGACCGCGAGACAUGGGCCCUCGGCGAGCUGCUGCGCCAGCACGGCGUCGGCCGCGAGCACCUCGUCGGCGUCCUCAUGGGCCGCAGCGCAGACUAUGUCAUUGCCUGCCUGGCCGCGCUGCGGGCCGGCGGCGCCUUCCUCGUCCUCGAGAUGGCCUAUCCGCCGGGCCUGCUGCGGGACGUCAUCGACGAUGCCAAGCCGACCGUCAUCGUCACGCAGAGCGCCCUGGCCGGCAACAUCAAGGGCAACAACGUGCCGGUCCUCGUGGUUGACCAGCCGCUGCCGCCGCCGCCGGCGGGGUCCGCGCUCGAGGAGCUCAAGCCGCCGCUGCCGGACGACGAGGACGUCGAGCGCCUCGCCUUCGUCUCGUACUCGUCGGGCACCACGGGCCAGCCCAAGGGCAUUGCCAACCCGCACCGCGCCGCCGUGCUGUCCUACGACGCGCGCUUCCGCCUGCGUGAUCUGGGGCCCGGAGACCGCGUCGCGUGCAACGUCUUCUUCGUCUGGGAGAUGCUGCGGCCGCUGCUCCGCGGCGCCACGGCCGUCGCGGUCCCCGACGCCGCCAGCUACGACCCCGUGGCCCUUGUCGACCUGCUGGCCGCGCGCCGCAUCACCGACACGCUCAUGACGCCGACGCUGCUGUCCACGGUGCUCGCGCGCCACCCGGCCGCCGGCGCGCUGGCCGAGCAGCUGCCGGGCCUGCGGUCGCUGUGGCUCAACGGCGAGGUGGUGCCGACGGAGCUGGCCGCGCGCGCCGGCGCCGCGCUGCCGCACACGGCCCUGUUCAACGUCUACAGCGCCAGCGAGACGCACGAGGUGGCGGCCGGCGACAUCGGCGGCUGCCUCGGCGCGGGCGGCCCCGCCGACGCCGAGCCCGGCGGCGUGUGCCCCGUGGGCCCGCCGCUGGACCCGGAGCACACGUACAUCCUCGACGAGGCCGGCAACCGCGUCGGCGUCGGCGAGGUGGGCGAGCUGUACGUCGGCGGCGACAUGCUGGCGCGCGGCUACCUCAACCUGCCCGAGACGACGGCGCGGGCCUUCCAGAUGGACCCCUUCGACGCCCGGCCCGGGGCCCGCAUGUACCGGACCGGCGACCUGGCCCGGCUGCGGCCGUCGGGCCGGCUCGAGAUCCGCGGCCGCGUGGGCGGCAUGAUCAAGACGCGCGGCUACACGGUGCAGCCGGCGGCCGUCGAGGCCACCAUGAUGCGCCAUCUGGCGGUGCGCGACUGCGUGCUCGUGGCCCGCGGCGAGGGCCUGGGCCGGCAGCUCGUCGCCUACGUGGUGCCCGACGCCCGCGACGCCGAGCGCAACCGCACCGUCGUCGUCGUCGACGAGUCCGGCUACAGCCCCGUGGCCCGCCGCGCGCUGUCGGAGCACCUGGCCCACUACAUGAUCCCCUCGCUCUGGGUCGAGCUCGACGAGCUGCCGACGCACAGCGUCUCGGGCAAGACGGACCACAAGGCCCUGCCGCCGCCGCCGACGCCGCGGACGCCCGCCGUGACGCAGGCGCGCGAGCACGACACCAAGAUCACCGUCGACGCCAUCGUCAAGAUGUGGGCGGCCUCGCUCAACAUCCCGGCCGCCGCCAUCUCGCCGCGGCACAGCUUCUUCGACCUCGGCGGCCACUCGCUGGUCCUCGCCGACCUCGCCGGCCGCCUGACACGCGCCUUCGGCUUCCCCGUGCCGCUGGCGCCCCUGGCCGGCUCCCCGACCCUCGACGGCCACCUCGCCGCCGUCCGCGCCGCCCGCGACGGCCACACGGCCGCCGUCCAGGCCGACCUGCCGGCCGUCCUCGCCGCCGACUGCGCGCUGCCCGAGGACGUGCGCGCCGCCGGCCCCACGCCCAUGCGCCGCCUCGACGAGGCCGACACGGUGCUGCUGACGGGCACCACGGGCUACCUGGGCGCCUUCCUGCUCAAGGCCAUCCUCGAGAGCACGGCGGCGCGCGUGCUGUGCCUGGUGCGCUUCACGGAGCCGUCGGGCGACGCGCGGCCGGCCGGCAUGGCGCGCAUCCGCAAGAACCUCAUCGACCUGGGCAUCUGGGACGACGCCAUGCUGGACCGCAUGGAGAUUGUGCCCGGCAACCUGGCGCGCAACCGGCUGGGCCUGUCGCCCGAGGCCUUUGACGAGCUGGCCUCGCGCGUCCACGUCGUUGUCCACGCCGCCGCCACCGUCAACCUCGUCUACCCCUAUGCCGCGCUGCGCAGCGCAAACGUCGGCGGCACCCGCGAGAUCCUCCGGCUGGCGGCCCGCGGCGGCGCCACGGUCCACCACGUGUCGACCAACGGCGUGCUGCCGCCCUCGGCCGAGGGCUGGACCGAGGAGGCCAUGCUCGACAUCGCCGCCGUGCCCGACAAGCUGGCCGACGGCUACGGCCAGACCAAGUGGGUGGCCGAGACGCUCGUCUACGAGGCCGGCCGCCGCGGCAUCCCCGUCCGCGUCUACCGGCCCGGCACCAUCAGCGGCCACAGCGUCACGGGCUCGACAAACACCUACGACCUGCUCAACGCCAUCAUCGUCGAGUCGCUGCACCUGGGCUUCGCCCCCAAGGUCGACGGCUGGCUGGCCGAGAUGACGCCCGUCGACUUCGUCAGCAAGGCCAUCGUCGCCCUCGCCAGCCACCCGGACCCGGACCCGGACCGGCGCCUCUACCACGUCGGCGACCCCAAGCCCGUCACCGCCGACGAGGUCUUCGACAGCCUCGCCGCCCUGGGCUACCCGACCGAGAAGCUGCCGUGGGCCGACUGGGUGGCCCUGUGGACCGAGCGGCGCGGCGCCAGGGGCGGCGACGACCCCUUUACCGUCGACAUUCUCCGCGGCGGCAUGCCCACCGUCGACACCCUGCGCUGCGUCACCGUCCUCAACGACGCCGCCACCCGCCCUGCCCUCGAGCAGUGCGGCCUCGAGCGGCCCAAGAUUGACGCCGCCCUGUGGGAGACGUACGCCCGCCACUUUUACGCCAGGGGCUGGCUGCCGCACCCGCCUCGCCGCCUCAACCGGGCCAACGGCGUGCUCCCCGGCGUCAACGGCAUCGCCGCUGCUCGCAAGGGCCGCCUCGCCGGCAAGGUCGCCGUCGUGACGGGCGCGUCGUCGGGCAUGGGCGCCGCCGUGGCCUCGCAGCUCGCCGCCGAGGGCGCCCACGUGGUCCUCGCCGCCCGGCGCCGCGACGCCCUCGACGCCGUCAAGGCCGACAUCCUCCGGUCGCGGCCCGGCGGCAAGAUCGUGGCGCGGCCGACCGACGUGACCAGCCGCGAGCAGGUCGAGGCGCUGAUGCGCACGACGACGGAGACGCUGGGCGCCAUCGACGUGCUCGUCGUCUGCGCCGGCGUCAUGUACUUCACCAUGAUGGCCAACGCCCAGGCCGACGAGUGGGAGCGCACCGUCGACGUCAACUGCAAGGGCCUGCUGCACUGCCUGGCGUCUACGGUGCCGGGCUUUGUGCGCCGCGGCCGCGGCCACAUUGUCGCCAUCUCGUCCGACGCCGGCCGCAAGGUCUUCCCCGGCCUCGGCGUCUACUCGGGCUCCAAGUUCUUCAUCGAGGCCACCCUGCAGGCCCUGCGCCUCGAGACGGCCGGCUCCGGCCUGCGCGUCACCUCGGUCCAGCCGGGCAACGUCAACACGGACCUGCUCGGCCUGUCGACCGACGCCGAGGCGCUGAAAAAGUACGGCGAGCCGACGGGCGCAAAGGUCCUCGACGCCCACGACGUGGCCUCGGCCAUCAUGUUUGCCCUGCUGCAGCCCGAGCACGUGGGCGUCAACGAGGUCCUCAUCGAGCCUCGCGAGGAGCCCGCCUAG